AGAAACAAGAGAGAGAAAAUGGAGGUUAAGAACUUUGAGAUAGUAUAAUGGCGGUGAAGAUGAAGGCAGGAGAAGCUUGCUUACAUGUGACUGUGAAUUCUUAUAUCGGCGGCUAUGUUUAGUUCAAAUUGUUGUAAGUUUCACGACGUAUUCAGAGAUUUGUUGCGGUUUUCAUGAGCUAUGUUUGAUUGGAACGACGAAGAGGAAGGAGAACAGAGUCAUAGAGGUUUUUCUGGAGAAAGCAUCAAGAAGGAAUGGGAUAAGGAAGAUGGAAAGUCUUCAGCUAGCCAUAGUGUACCUACUUGCAAAAUAGCCCCACAGCAUGCAGUGCAUCGAAGAAAUUGUGCCACACGACAUAGCAUGGACCUCUGGCCUGAUUUGUCAUUGUCAGAUGUUUCCAGAACUGAUCAAGGUUCCUUUGGCACUGAAAUAUCUAAUAAUUUGACUGAAAUCACCGAGUUGGACUCCUCGAAAGAUGUGACACCUCAAGUAAAUAAUGGCUCGGAAGCAUUUCAGAAUCAAGAUGAUGAUAGGGUACCGGGUGAUUUUCUUGACUAUGGUUGGGCUAACAUUGGAAGCUUCGAGGAUCUUGAUAGAAUUUUCAGCAAUGAGGAUUCAAUACAUGGAAAUACAAGUCUUAGUAAUGAUAAUGAGUUGUGGUCUUGCAAAAAUGUUACUACAAGUCCUGAAAAAUCCUUUCCCUCUUCUUUGGACUCUCUAUGUCCAGAUCUAGGAGCAUUCAGGAGCUCAUCUAACCAAUCUGAGGUUUUGGUGACGGAGUUUCGAAAAAGUUCUAGAAGCAGGAGAAAAAGUGUGGAAAGAACUGAGAGAAAGAAUGGUCAGGAUUACCAAUCUAAAUGGACAGAUUAUGGAAACCAAUUUCACCAAUUAGACAGGCAACUUGUACCAUCAAUUCUGUCUCAGCAAACACAUCUUCCAAUAUCAAACCCCUCACAAUAUCACCCCUUUGCUUACCCAUUGAUAAACCCAUAUCAAAACCAAUAUGCAAGUAUGCCAGUUGUUCCACAUAUUUGUCUCCAGGAGGAUGACAAAAAAAUGAUUUCUUCUUAUGAAACUUCUCCAACUGACUUGAAUCCUUUUAAGAUCACAAUUUCAGAUGCUAAUGCUCAGCCUCUGACAAUGACACCCCAAGAAAAGAUUCAGAAAUUGAGGCGAAGACAGCAAAUGCAAGCUUUGCUUGCUAUUCAGAAGCAGCAACAACAAUACACUCAUCAGGAUGAUUCUGAUGUUCUAUCUGUAGCAGCUGAAGUUUGUUGUUCAAUGGAGGGUACAAUAUUGCAUGGGAUUCAAGAUAUAAUUGACAAGUUGGAUGUGAAUAUAAGAUUGAGUAUUCGAGACAGUUUAUUCAGAUUGGCACAGAGUGCACAAAAGAGACUAAGUGCUAAUGAUAAAAGCGGUUCUAAUGGAAGCAUAAGAGCAGAUUCUCUCAGAAAUAAAGACAUCAUAAGCACACAUAACAGUUUCAGUGAAGUUCUUGAGACAGAAACAGAGACAAACCCUAUUGAUCGAGCUGUGGCUCAACUGCUCUUUCACAAGCCUUUAGAAUCAGCAUCGUCAUCAUCUGGAAAGCAUCCACAUUCGCCAGAAUCACCUGGUUCAGCGAUUCUUCCACAUGAAAAGAAAAAGAAAUGUUCAAAUGUUUAUGCCAAUGGGAUCUCAUAUAGAAAAUUCUAAGAACAAAUAAAGGUUUUCACACUCUUUUGGUUCAAGAAAUUCUCGUGUUUAUCGUUGUUAGUCGGAAGAUGAGAAUCGUCUCGAUUCAUUGGAUAAUGCAUGAUUCCGAUGAACUCGGUUAUCAUAUAUAAGGCUAUAUUUGAUUAUCUUGAGCUGGAUUAUUUUUUUUGUUUUUUAGGGAUGGAUUAUAAUUUAAUUAUUAUGUUUUGAGAAUUUAUUAAAUUUGUAAUUUGUGUGUUGUUGUCAACCUAAAAAAAAUAAAAGGUCCAAUUGAUAU